AGGAUGCUAUAAGUUUAAAUGGAGUUUCUGAUUUUUUCUUCUCUCUUUCCCCUCUUACGUUUAAUGUCUUAUUAAGGGAGAGGAAAGAGAGAUAAGUGGGAAAAAAAAAAAAAAAAACAAGAAGAAAGAAUACAAGAGUUUGUAUCAAAGAUGGGUUCUUUAAGAAAAUGCCCUUUAGGUUUUGAGAGAAGAUGGUGGGGUGUUUGACUUUGGAGCUGAAGAGGGUUUGUUUUGCUUUUUGAGGUAAUUGUUUGGUUGAUGGUACAUGAAAGUGGCAUUUGGUAGGUCUACAAGUUUUGCUGAUGAACUGUUGGUUAAAAAGUUUUGAUCUUUGGUUUUUUCCUGCUUUGGUUUUGGUGUUGAAAAAGUUGUUUUGAAGUUGAUUGGUCAUUUAUGGUUUAUAUGCACAUGUGUAUGAAGGUUGGGGUUUGAUUUCUUGAUUUACCACCACCCUUUGAUGGACUUGAAGAAACUCUCAGUAGAAAAGUUAGCAAAUUUCAUAGGGGAUUUGAAGAGAAUUCUUGAAUUUGAACCUUUGGAAAAGAACAGAUUUUUUAUUGGUUACCAGGUGUUCUAAUUAGGUGAUUAAAGAAAUGGAUGAAGAGGCUAAUUCUUGGAUUAGGAGAACAAAGUUUUCUCAUACAGUUUGUCAUAGGUUGGACAGAUUGGCCUCUAUUCCUAUUAGUACUGUUCAGUCAGGGGGGAGAAUUGCAGGUGCAAAAACUAGACCUGUUGGAACAGCUUCUCUUAAUUCAAGACCAGAGCCAAUAGUUGCGCCACUUCAGCGCAAUCCAACUACGAACAAACAUAGGACUGUAUCACCUCAUCCAGAAACAUCAAUUCCCGAUACCUUUAAGGAAGCUCGAUCUAGUCAGAAGAGAUUCUCAACUCCGCGUCCAGAAAGGAAAGAACUUGAGAAGAAAAUUGUGAGCAAGUCAUUUCACAAAGAUUCCCGUGAAAAAUCCAAAUCGCCUAUCUUAGGAUCUCCUGGUUCGAGAUCUUCAAGCCCCCUUCGGCAUUUCACAUCAUUCAAGUUCCAUGAGAAAUCAAAGGGCCGGAAGGAUUCAACAUGGAGUAGGUACAGUGGUAGGGUUAGUUCUGUUGAAACAGCUGAUGAAUAUACAAUUGAUCUAUCUAAGCUGUUUCUUGGGCUAAGAUUUGCACAUGGUGCCCAUAGUCAGCUUUACCAUGGGAAAUACAAGGAUGAAGCUGUUGCAGUUAAAAUUAUUAGAAUACCAGAUGAUGACGAAAUUGGAGCUUUAGCAACUCGAUUGGAGAAUCAGUUUAUUAGGGAAGUUACUCUGUUGUCUCGUCUCCACCAUCCCAAUGUUAUAAAGUUCAUAGGUGCAUGCAAACAGCCACCAGUUUUUUGUGUUGUUACGGAGUAUCUAUCGGAGGGUUCAUUGAGAGCACACCUGCAUAAGCUUGAGCAGAAGUCCCUAACCUUGGACAAAUUGAUUGCACUUGCCAUGGAUAUUGCUCGUGGAAUGGAUUAUAUUCACUCGCAAGGUGUUAUCCAUCGGGACCUCAAACCAGAGAAUAUACUUAUCAAUGAGGAUUUUCACCUGAAAAUUGCUGACUUUGGAAUUGCCUGUGAAGAGGCAUACUGUGAUCUCCUGGUUGAUGAUCCAGGUACUUACCGUUGGAUGGCGCCAGAGAUGAUUAAGAGAAAAUCAUAUGGCAGGAAGGUUGAUGUAUAUGGAUUUGGACUCAUUCUAUGGGAAAUGGUGGCUGGAACUAUUCCUUAUGAAGAUAUGACACCAGUACAGGCUGCUUUUGCUGUCGUAAACAAGACUUUUGCUUUGCAGGUCAGAGAAGAUAGCCGGGCCAAUGGUUCCGUACAUUUUAGAAGGAAAGAAGAUAAUGUGAUUGCCAUCCUGCACAUUGAAUUACUUGCUACUUAUUGCAUCAACUUGCAGAGAGUUUGGUUUUCCUUUCAUAUAGGUAUGUAAGCCCAUCUACCCCGCUACAUCUUGAAUGGAAAUUAAAUAUCUUCUCAUUUAUUACCCUACUGUUAUGUCCUGAUGCAUAUAUAUACACAUAAGGACCACAAAGUUGGUACUGAACUUUACUAAUGUUGCACUUGCAUUUCAUGAAAGUAUCGCAAUUCAUUUCCUUUCUAUUAAAAUAAUGAAAGGAAAGACAACUAGUUGGAUUAUCGUAUGUGUGCAUGAAUCCUGUAUAGAGGAUAUGUCAAAAACCAGUGGCUGUUCAAAAACCAGUGGCUGCAUCAAUUGGUUUUAUGACGUUCAAUGAACCAUCAUUUGCAUGGUCUCCGUGAUAUUGGUAAUGUGAUUAGAAUCUGUAAAAGAUGCAUUGUGAUUCCUUUUUGACAGUUUGAAGUGGAAAAGGUAGUGAUAUUUAUGUUGUGUGUUACUUUUCGAGUUUCACAUGUUAACUACUCUGAAUAUUUUUGAUAUCAUGGUUCAUGUGAAUUGAAGCUUUGAGAGGGCUUUGAGGAUUUCAGAUAUGUGGUCCUUACUUUUCUGUAUCUCACUAUAAUAAUUGAGAAGAUUUUUUCUA